AUGUCGGGGGCGAAGGAAGGACUGGUCAAGUUUGCGGAUUGUGUUUCAUUUGAUGAAUUCAAAGUCAUUUACUAUGCUCGCUUCUUGAAGAAGGACAAGGCGUACGAAAUCAAGAAGAAGGCCAAGCUGGAGCAAGCGGCAAUCGACAUCCGAUUCCUCGAAACCUUUGGUGCUGAAUCGGAAAGUGACAAAGAGUAA